AGGAAAGGCUGCUUUGCUGCUGACACCCACUUAGUCGUUUCGCGAGAGCCAGUCCUUCCUGCGGCUGCAGAGCCAAGCUGCUGCUAGCCAGGCAGCGUCCUGCAGAGCGCGGGUGCUGAAUCGCAGGCAAGCUCUGGGAAGCAGGAACCAGCUCUUGGCAGCUGGUUUGUGCUGGGAGGAUUUGAAAGGUAAAUAGAUUUUUAUAGCAAGCUGAGGACGAGCCACUGAAUACGCAUUUUCUUCCCGCGGGGGUGAGAGGGGGACCCAAAACCUUGGGGCUUUUCUUUGAAGGGAUAAAGGAUUUGGCGGUGCUGAGAGGAAACCCUCCCUAGGACGGAGCGGGACCCGGCGCCGCUCGGCUCUGCCCCGCUCCCGGCAGCGGCAUGCACGGACCCAGCCUCUGGAGCCUCCUCGCUCCCGCGCUGCUGCUCAGCUGCUGCGCCGCCUGGGAGGAGAAGGGGUCCCCGCGCCCGAGGGGCGUCUCGCAGCGCAGCCCGCUUUCCCCGGGGGCCGCGGUGACCCACACCGCCCGCACGCCCGGGCUCCGGGGCCCGGCCUCGGCCUCCAACGCGUCCAGCUCGGCUGUGCCCGGGAACGACCCCGGCCGAGCCCGCUCGCUGUCUCCGCCCAUGUGCACCGGGCAGACGGAGGUGAAGGAGACGUUCAAGUACAUCAACACGCUGGUGUCCUGCCUGGUGUUCGUGCUGGGCAUCAUCGGCAACUCCACGCUGCUGCGCAUCAUCUACAAGAACAAGUGCAUGAGGAACGGCCCCAACAUCCUGAUCGCCAGCCUGGCCCUGGGGGACCUGCUCCACAUCACCAUCGCCAUCCCCGUCAACGUGUACAAGCUCCUUGUAACAGACUGGCCCUUUGGAGUUGAAAUGUGUAAACUGGUACCCUUCAUUCAAAAGGCAUCGGUGGGCAUCACUGUGUUAAGUUUGUGUGCCCUCAGUAUUGAUAGGUAUCGAGCAGUUGCUUCCUGGAGCCGAAUCAAAGGAAUUGGAGUGCCAAAGUGGACUGCCAUUGAAAUUGUAUUGAUCUGGGUUAUGUCAGUAGUCUUAGCUGUUCCUGAAGCUAUAGGUUUUGAUAUGAUUGUUAUGGAAUAUAAAGGAAAGCAUCUUAGAAUCUGUAUGCUUCAUCCCACACAAAAAACAUCCUUUAUGCAGUUUUACAAGACAGCUAAAGAUUGGUGGCUGUUUAGCUUUUAUUUCUGUUUGCCAUUGGCCAUCACAGCACUUUUUUAUACUCUGAUGACCUGCGAGAUGUUAAGAAAGAAAAGUGGAAUGCAGAUUGCUUUAAAUGACCAUUUAAAACAGAGACGCGAGGUGGCCAAAACUGUGUUCUGCCUAGUGCUUGUCUUUGCCCUGUGUUGGCUCCCCCUUCACCUAAGUAGGAUUUUGAAGCUCACUAUAUAUGAUCAAAGAGACCCCAAUAGAUGUGAACUUUUGAGCUUUUUUCUUGUAUUGGACUACAUUGGUAUUAACAUGGCUUCGCUGAAUUCCUGCAUUAACCCAAUAGCCCUGUAUUUGGUGAGCAAAAGAUUCAAGAACUGCUUUAAGUCAUGUUUGUGUUGCUGGUGCCAAUCCAAAGACAUGCUGUCCCUGGAGGAAAAACAAUCCUGCUUAAAGUUCAAAGCUGAUGAUCAUGGAUAUGAUAAUUUCCGCUCCAGUAAUAAGUACAGUUCAUCAUAAAAAAGUAUAUGCUCUGAAAUUAAUUUCAGUGCCUUUAUUUGAGUCAGACUGACAAUUGCUGUUAUAAAUUAAGAUAGUAGAGCUUUUGAAAAAUCUAGUUUUCUGUUUGCACAAAAAGUAAAUAAAAAAUUGAUUGCCCACAGUAACAUAACAUUCAUAAUUAUGCAUGGUAUCAUGAAGAACAACAGCAGAAACAACUAAUUGUUAAAGCACUUAAAUUCUUUGGAUCAGCAAUUCCAGACCAUCCUCACUUCUGGUAUAUCAGUCAUUUGUAUUCAUUAUAAGCGCCUUAGGAACUAGAGCCACAAUUCUUACUAAAUAGCAAACCAUAUAUUUUGUUGGAUCAAAGCCAAUAUUGUAUAUAACUCAAUGUAUUAUAUUUGUAAAGCAGAUUGAGUGUCUAAAUUGUUUUUAAAAAAUCAAAUCCAAAAUACUUCAUUGCACAGUUUAAACAAACACAAAAAAAGUACUUUUAUCAGGAAUGUUACACUACUCAGUGAGAACAAUACUAACAGGAUACAGUCAAGUUAAAAAUCACACUUCUGUCUAAAUAUUUUUAUCUACUACUAUUACAGGUAACAUUUAAGGUCACUACAAAUAUUGUUCUCCCUUAUCAGUUUGUUUAUUUCUUGCAUUUGUGGCAGCACUUUUAAUAGUCCAUUUCACUGUUUCCCCAGUUAUUUGACAUAGUGUUUCACAUAAUAGAGGAGAAAAACAUUUUUAAAUGGAGAAAAAUAUGAUUGCAGAACCAUAACAAUUCUGCAGAGUCGCCAAAAUGAAUGAUUUUUUAAAUUGAUUAGAUCUCAAGUUUAUAGCAUCCCUUUUAAACAAUGAGCCUUCAAGUAAUUGACUGUAGUUUAGCCAACUUUAUUUUUCUAGAGAUUACAAAUGAAAUUGAUUUCUCAUGGGAAAAAUCAGAAGCAAUCUAAAUGAUGGUUGGGGAAAAGAACCCUUAAUAUAUAUAGCAGAUAGUACAAAAUGGUAGACAGAGCCUUUUGGGUUCUAAUUGUAUUUAGUUCUGCUAGGUCUUUAAGAAAAUAUUCACAAACUGUACUUAAAAGGCUAGUACUACGUCAUGUAAUUCUUGACAUUGUUAUAAAAUGUUUUUUCUUUCCAUGUGGUAAUAGCAUUUGUUUCUACUUCUGUAAAUAUUUUAGUGAAGUAUAAUUAACUGUAAAAUAUUAAAAUAUGGGCAGGACCCUAUAAGAAUAGAGAGAGAAAGAUGCCUGCAGUAAACAUGAUGUGUAUUGCCAGGAGCAGUUCACAUUUUGUGUCUGCGUGGCAGACUAAUGCUUGUCUUUUUUAAAUAGUUUAAUCCAAGCAACUCAUGCGUUAAGUCUUUUGCUAGUACUAGUUACCAAUACUAGCAUUAGUAAAAGCAUGACUCUUUGGCUUUGCAUCUCCAAUUGAUUUGUCGCACAUUCUCCAAAAAAAAAUUAACACCUUUCAAGCAGUAAAUCAUGAGCUUUUCCUACAAAUAUCAACAGAAAACAUUUUGAAAGUGAGAAAUGUUUUCAGCACAUACCAUACUUUAUUAUAAUACAGUAUUUGUCAAACUCAGGAAUUUUCCUACCUUCCAAAUGUCAAGUGUAAGAAUCCCUCGUACACCUUGUCCACAAAGUGCCUUAGGGCUUGGCUACACUUACAAAUUUGCAGCGCUGCAGCAGGGUGUGAAAACACACCCUCUCCAGCGCUGCAAAUUGCGGCGCUACAAAGCGCCAGUGUGGUCAAAGCCCCAGCGC